UCAACUCGCGCUGUUAUGGAUUGAGGCCGAAUACCGUUUUUCCUGAGAUUUGGAUUUUGAUAUUUUUUUUAGAUAAAGAAAAUUUCUUUUUGUGUGAUUUAAAAAUCCAAUUUUACACUGGAAAACGGCGUAGUUAGCGUGGGUGGGUGUGGUCACGAUUACAAAGCAACGAAAACGUGACCAGUCGAUGCAGGAAGGAUGACGAGCUUGACCCAUUUAGAAGAAGGUUUGAUAAAUGGGGACGAUCUCAUAAACCUGGGUGCUCCUGCUAAUGGCGAAAAUGGACCAGCACCAACACCAUCAACAUCAGUAAGUUAUGGCUCGUCGUCAACAUGUUCUCAAGGACAGCCUCCUCCUCCCCCUACUCCUCUCGUCAGGGUUAUGGUCACAACCACCACUCCCACACAGCCGAGCACUCUCACCUCCACCGGACAAAUGGGGCCACCACUAAUUCCUAAACCCAAACCGAAACGAUGGGUGUCAAGAAACAAGUAUUUAUUGGGGUCGCUUUCUCUAUCAGAUGACGACGACGAAGAACGAGGGCGAACCAAGGGAAAGGGAAAUAAAGGCAAGACGAAUAAAGGACAACAAGAAAAUACUUGUUACGUGUGUGAUCUCUGCGAUGGAAAGUUUAGUUCGAGUUCAAGCCUUCAAAAGCAUCAACGCGUUCAUACAGGAGAACGACCCUUCGAGUGUACAAUCUGCAGUAAACGGUUUGUCACAAAAUUCGCUCUGGAACGUCACGCGAUCGGGCACGAUCCCAAUUCCUCUAAGGCCAUCGUUUGCAGUAUUUGCGAUAAACGGUUCUCAACCAAGGAAUGGUUGGUCAUUCAUGUUCGAAGCCACACGGGGGACACGCCUUUCAAUUGCGACGCGUGCGAAAAGAAAUUUACUAGUCAGAGCAGUCUGAAUCGCCACGCGCUUACCCAUAAGAGUGAGAAGGGUUAUCUUUGUCAAGAAUGCGGCAAGCUUUAUCAAAGUAGUCAAGCGAUGCGUGUACAUUUAGAGAGUCACGGUCACGGACCGGAGCGGAAUUAUCCCUGUCCCAAGUGUCGCAUGAGAUUUAGGAGAGCGUUGGAUUUACAACGGCACUCAAUGACACAUCGAGACGUACAAAUGCUGCCCUGUCCUCUACCCUCUUGUGAACACCAGUUUCGCCGAAAGGACAAUUUGCUCAGACAUCUGCAACUUACUCACAACCAAACGAGGGAAGAAGCUCAUGAAACUUUUAAUAUGUUGAAUACCAGUAGUAGUAAAACCUCCGAAUGCAAUGAUAGUGAUAGUGCACCAGGUUCCGUCUCUGCAAGUUCUGACAAUGAAAUUCCAUCAGCACCAGCUUCCUUGAAUGGUAUAGACGAAUCUCCACGAACGACGGGGGGAAGAAGUAAUCGCAGAAAAAAUAAUCAAAACACGACGAAGACUAGAGUAAAACGGUCACAAAGGAAGAACACAACUGUACAAAAUCCAAAAUCAAGAAAACGUAAAAAUCCACAAGUGCAAAGUUCAUCACCACCACCAGCAGCGGUAUCGGAAGACCCAGAUUCCUCACUUCAGUCAAUUCCUAUUGAAGAAAAUAUGCCAGAAAUUACAACAUUAUUGGAUCCCAAAUGUACCCAAAUUCCUGUCCAACCAACAACCAUGACUCCACAUACGGCUCUCAUAGAAGAUACAACUUACCCACCAACGAAAAGUGUCACCACAUCAGUCAUUAUGAUGGCAAAAUCGACAUCGUUAAAUAAUAAUACAUCGUCUCAACAACAAAAUCAUCCCUACCAUCACCGGAAGAAGUAUAAACGUGCCAAUGAAGACACUACGACGAACACCGAGCUGGAUGACGAUAUUAAUUAUGAUAACCAUCCCAAAAGUCCCUCAUCGAACACGCUAUCCCUCCAGGUCCCCUAUCCAACCCGGAAUAUCUCACCCGGACAAGAGUACAUCAACUAUUUGAACAAUUUAAACAAUCCGAUCGCCUACAGAGUCCGGGAUAGGUCGUCAUCCUUUCAAAAUCGUCAAUCCCUUGGGAUCAGUAGCAGUAGAAAUUAUGGUCAGAAUAAUUCAAAUCGAAUGGAACCUUCUUACCCAAAAAAGUAUUCGGAGCAUGAGGUGUCAUACAAUUCCAAAGAAAAUCAAAAUGAUAAUAACUUUUCAGACGUAAUGUCCACUAAUCAACAAAUCAAUAUCCACCAGACCGGAAAUCCUGACACUUUUACCUUUCAAGGCAACAAUUAUGAUAUAUCUGCCUCCGCUGCUCCAGGAUACUUUCAACCUCCUCAGAUCCAAUAUCAACUUGCAGAUUCUGAAAUAGACCCUGGAUAUUUAGAUUUGUCCUUGUCCUCUCCCCCCGAUUCAAUGUACGACAGGAGAAACAAUUCUUCCUUCCCACCCUCCUCUUCGAUGAGAUCAUCAUCAUACUCUAACGGAUCAAACCUUGUACCUACCUCUUCCUAUUAUACGAUGGAAACGAACGGUCUAAAUUACGACCAACAACAGCAAUUCAUCUCGGAAGAUCUAACCCCAUUAUGUUACGUUCAAUCUUUGUCUCAACAAGAAAAUAGCAAGGAAUCUAUGACUAGAAACGUGUCGUCCAACUAUGACGGGGGAUAUUAUGAGACCCAGUCGUCUUCUUCCCUCACGUAUAGCGUAAUGCAGCCCCUUUUGGAAUCAUCGGGCGACAUGUAUCAAAACCAGGAGAUUUCUCUCACCCAACACCCUCCGCAUUUGGUUGACUAUAUAGAAGAGAAUUGUGAGCGACCCUUUAACGUUACUGUGAUCAAGCGAGCUUCUGCCUCACAUCAACACGAGCAACCAAAUACUCAAAAUGUUUUCCAAGAGUCUCAUUACCAAAGACAUUUUCAAGACAUUCAGGAUUUUACUCAAGUUGGAUCAUCAUCUUCUCGACAACAUAUUAUUUCCGAAUCUUCUAUAGGAUUGGGUGUGGGUCCAAUUAGCAUCACUCUCAGUUCCAGUGAAGAUGAAACCGGGCCGUCGAGCACAGGGAACAAGAUCCUCUAUCAGCAUCCUUACCACCACGGAGGAAAGGACAUGAUUGUAAACCGAGAUCCCAGGAAAAACUUUCUCCACAGAGAAUCCAGAAAUAAGUACCAACAAGAUUAAGAUUUUAUGUACUUGAAUCGGUGAUUGUAAUUAUAAGUCGUAGUUGAGUAUGAUAUUUUAGUAUGUGUAUGUUCCUUUCCCGUGAUACGAGUAAUCUAAUCUAUUUGUUUUGAAGCAGAUUUACUCGGAAAUUUUAUAUAUUUCGACUUGAAACUAUUUAUUUAUAUUCAAGGCGAGAUUUAUUGUGCUAUCUAUGCAAUGCGUUAAUUAAUUAGCUAAUUAGGAGACAAGUUGUACAUCUGAUCCCUGAUUUAUUUAUGGUCGAGCUCUCUCUCUCUCUCUCUCAAGUAAAGAGAAACUUGUGUUUACUGUCUCCUCUAGUUCAAAUUGUACGAGACGCGUAACUAUUUUGUGACGCUAAUUCCAGUACGUACAAAUAUAUACAAAUAUUUAUGUUCCAUGAGAUGAAUAAAAUAUAUAUACAGCUCAAAGUUGUUGAAAAGAUA